GGGGAGAGAGGAGGGGUCAUCUUCGUCUUCGUUGUCGUUGUCGCUGGACGCUGAGCGCGAGUCGUCGCCGAACUGAUGAGAGAGGAUUAGUCGCCACGCCCUUUGGAAUUGCAAAGUAGAUUACAAUACUUGUUUGUUGUACGUACAUAGAAGCGACUCAUUAUUGCUGUCUUAACUCCAUGUAGGGGCUGGGAGAUGGGCUAUGUGUGCGACACGCGUUGUUACCAGAAGUCCAUAUCGAUAAGAACAUGAACCUCGGACACUCGACCACACCUUAUGGUUUGUAAUGCACCGUUGUCUAGCGGCGUGGGGCAAAGCAAAGUGAAGACGUCAGUCGCCUUGCUGUCGGUGACAUUUACCCUUAAUUUUGUACCUGGAUCUUUUUGUCUAAAGUCUUGUUACUACCAAUUUGAAGCUUAUAAUCUUUGGACUGCUAUUUCAAGGUGACAAGACGUCAUAAGAUUCCGGACGAUGCCACCGCAACCCGCGCUUCCCGAGCCAGCGCAUCCAGAAGUAGAUUCAAUGCUGAGCCGUAGAUUCGGAAAGGAAGUUGCAAACUACUUCUCUGGCUCCCCACUCAAUCGCGUAGGCUUCCUGCGUCCUGACCACCAGUUCCUCUCCUCGGCCCUCCAUCAUCCUAGUACUACAUUCCUAUUGUUCAAGGAUCUCGAGCCCCUCACAAAGUCCGGCACCGAACUUGCACGUUGCAGCUUCUCCGAUGUGAAGCCAGUUAUUGGCGAUAACCCAUUCGAGAAAUCUGAGGAAGAGGUCAUCGCGCAGUACAACUCGAGUUUGUAUGUUCCACAGAUAAUCUUCUUGGGUCUCGAUGAAAAGAAAGAGGGUUUCACAUACAAGGAGCAUUACAAAGGACAGCCAUGGUUUGCUGUCGAUGUCACACCUAAGGAGAGUGUGAAGGAAAAGGCAGAAGGCGUGCUAGAGAAACUAACAAGCACGGGUCUGGAGUUUAGUAAGGGAAGGAUGAACUUGAAUCUACAGGCUGAGGAAGCGGCCAUAUACGCGGAAGCCCGCCACCUUCUCGACUGGAAUGCGCGGAACCCCUUUUGCGCUUCCUGCGGCUACAAGACCAUGUCCGUAAACGCAGGUUUCAAGCGUACUUGCCCGCCGAAAGACAUUGCAUCUGAAGUCAAUCAAGGCGAGCGCCCACCUUGCGCAACCCGAACUGGCAUCUCAAACCUCUGUUUCCCCAGGACUGACCCAACUGUCAUCAUGGCUGUUGUAUCCGCCGAUGGAAAGAAGAUCCUACUAGGACGCCAAAAGCGCUGGCCUCCUAACUGGUAUUCUACUCUAGCCGGUUUCCUCGAACCUGCUGAGAGUGUGGAAGAAGCUGUGCGUCGCGAAGUCUGGGAAGAAUCUGGCAUUCAUCUCGGUCGUGUCGUGAUUCACAGCACUCAGCCCUGGCCCUAUCCUGCUAACCUUAUGAUUGGCGCUGUCGGACAGGCGAUUCCGGAAGGAGAGACGAUUCACCUAGGACACGACGCUGAGUUGGAAGAUGCGAAGUGGUUCACAGCAGAGGAAGUCAGAGAGGCGCUUCGUGUUGGUACUAGUGGACUUGGUGAAGACGCUGGGCCAGAAUACAAAGAGGGUGGACUGAGAUUACCACCCAAGACCGCGAUUGCAAACCAGCUCAUGACAGCUGUUGUCAAUGGCUUCGCCAGUGGAGGCCCAAUGAUUUAGGAUUGUAUUCUGCGGUACAAACAGAAGGAUUAGAGGUAAAGCUAUAGACAUGAAUGUAGUUGCAAUAUAAGUCAGUCGAAACGAGAU